AUGAACCCCAGCGCCCCCAGCUACUCCAUGGCCUCGCUCGACGUGGGGGACCUACACCCCGACGUGAGAGAGCAGUUCAGCCUGGCCGGGCCCAUCGUCUCCAUCCAGGUCUGCAGGGAUAUGAUCACCCACCGCCCCUUGGGCUACACGUAUGUGAACUUCCAGCAGCCGGCUGACGCGGAGCGUGCUUUGGACACCAUGAAUUUUGAUGUUAUUAAGGGCAAGCCAGUUCGUAUCAUGUGGUCUCAGCGUGAUCCAUCACUUCGCAAAAGUGGAGUAGGUAACAUAUUCAUUAAAAAUUUGGACAAAUCCAUCAAUAAUAAAGCACUGUAUGAUACAUUUUCUGCUUUUGGUAACAUCCUUUCAUGUAAGGUGGUUUGGGAUGAAAAUGGUUCCAAGGGCUAUGGAUUUGUACACGUUGAGACACAGGAAGCAGCUGAAAUAGCUAUUGAAAAAAUGAAUGGGAUGCUUCUAAAUGAUCGGAAAGUAUUUGUUGGACGAUUUAAGUCUCGUAAAGAAAGAGAAGCAGAACUUGGAGCUAGGGCAAAAGAAUUCACCAAUAUUUACAUCAAGAAUUUUGGAGAAGACAUGGAUGAUGAGCACCUUAAGGAUCUCUUUGGCAAGUUUGGACCUGCCUUAAGUGUGAAAGUAAUGACUGAUGAAACUGGAAAAUACAAAGGAUUUGGAUUUGUAAGCUUUGAAAGGCAUGAAGAUGCACAGAAAGCUGUGGAUGAGAUGAAUGGAAAAGAGCUCAAUGGAAAACAAAUAUAUGUUGGUCGAGCUCAGAAAAAAGUGGAACGGCAGACAGAACUUAAGCGCAAAUUUGAACAGAUGAAGCAAGAUAGGAUCACCAGAUACCAGGGUGUUAACCUUUAUGUGAAAAAUCUUGAUGAUGGUAUUGAUGAUGAACAUCUCCGGAAAGAGUUUUCUCCAUUUGGUACAAUCACUAGUGCAAAGGUUAUGAUGGAGGGUGGUCGCAGCAAAGGUUUUGGUUUUGUAUGUUUCUCCUCCCUGGAAGAAGCCACUAAAGCAGUUACGGAAACGAAUGGUAGAAUUGUGGCCACCAAGCCAUUGCAUGUAGCUUUAGCACAAUGCAAAGAACACCAGGCUCACCUCACUAACCAGUAUGUGCAGAGAAUGGCAAGUGUACAAGCUGUGCCCAAUCCUGUAAUCAACCCCUACCAGCCAACACCUCCUUCAGGUUACUUCAUGGCAGCUAUCCCACAGACUCAGAACCAUGCUGCAUACUAUCCUCCUAGCCAAAUUGCUCAACUAAGACCAAGUCCUCCCUGGACUGCUCAGGGUGCCAGACCUCAUCCAUUCCAAAAUACGCCUGGUGCUAUCCACCCAGCCGCUCCUAGACCACCAUUUAGUACUAAGAGACCAGCUUCUUCACAGGUUCCACGAGUCAUGUCAACACAGCGUGUUGCUAACACAUCAACACAGACAAUGGGUCCAUGUCCUGCAGCUGCUGCUGCUUCAGCUACUCCUGCUGUUCACACCAUUCCACAGUACAAAUAUGCUGCGGGAGUCUGCAAUCCUUGGCAACAUCUUAAUGCACAGCCACAAGUUACCAUGCAACAGCCUGCUGUUCAUGUACAAGGUCAGGAACCUUUGACUGCUUCCAUGCUGGCAUCUGCCCCCCCUCAAGAGCAAGAGCAAAAGCAAAUGUUGGGUGAACGGCUGUUUCCUCUUAUUCAAGCCAUGCACCCUACUCUUGCUAGUAAAAUCACUGGUAUGUUGUUGGAGAUUGAUAAUUCAGAACUUCUUCAUAUGCUUGAAUCUCCAGAGUCUCUCCAUUCUGAGGUUGAUGAAGCAGUGGCUGUACUACAAGCCCACCAAGCUAAAGAGGCUGCUCAGAAAGCAGUUAACAGUGCCAUUGGCGUUCCAACUGUUUAAAAUUGAUCAGGGACCAUGAAAAGAAACUUGUGCUUCACCGAAGAAAAAUAUCUAAACCUCAAAAAACUUAAAUAUUAUUGAAAAAAAAUUGCAAAAUAUAAAAUAAACUAAAAAAGGAAAGGAAA